AAUCUCUCUUGCUGUAUCUUCCGCUGUAUCUUCCGCUGUAUCUCUCUCUCUCUCUUUCUCACACACACACACUUUGUCUUCUUCUGUCCCUCUGAUUGUCCAUCUGUCUCUCUCGGAAUCUCUCUUGCUGUAUCUUCCGAUGUCUCUCUCUCUCUCUUUCUCACACACACACUUUGAAUCUCUCUUGCUGUAUCUUCCGCUGUCUCUUUCUCUCUCUCUGUAACUCUCCCUCUUUGUCGCCUUAGUCUGGACCCACCAGAAUCUUCUUCUCCCUUCACCUUGAGCCUCGAACCUCGAGCUUCCCCACACGUACGAAUCAGAUGCCCCUUGUUCGAGACUCUCCACCGCUGCCUUUUGCCUCACCUCGGCCCGCCCUUUCUUCUGCUUCCCUCUUUACCGGCCUCUCUCGCCACCGGCCUCAAUCCCCUUCCAUCGCGACGCCCUCGUCAACUGUCCUAUUCGACAACCGUGUGCAUAUCAACUCACCGCACCGGCGCGAGUUUCGCCGCUCUUCGGUCUGGCGAUUCAGUCAGUCUCGUCCCAUUCGUCUUUUCAUUAUACCGUCCGAUCGGCGCCGUGUACUUUUCAUCUUUUCUCUGCUUUCCCGACCAAUUUGCAGUCGUCGCCGGCAUUCGGCAACUGCAUCCAAGCCGGCUCCAGUUGACUAGAGUCGGAGGACGCCUCUGGCUCUAG